AUGCGCAUCACCACUCUGGCUUCUGGCCUAUCCAUCUUGGUGGCCAGCGCCUCUGGCCACAUGCAAAUGUCCAACCCCCCUCCCCUGAGGUCCGAGUUCAACCCAUACACCACCGGCCGCAACAUUGACUACAGCAUGACCAACCCUCUCCGCAAGGAUGGCUCCGACUUUCCUUGCAAGGGAUACCAUCUUCAGCUAUCCACACCCUUGGGAGAGCCUGUGAUCAAGAUGAAUGGUGGCAAGUCAUACAGGAUGAGCUUCACCGGCGGGGCUUCUCAAGGUGGUUCAUGUCAGGUUUCGUUGUCUGUGGAUGGGGGAAAUACCUUUUAUGUCCUUCACAGCUACAUCGGUAACUGCCCUGCCACAACUGGCAACAACACUCUCCCCUUCCGAGUUCCCGCCGACGUUCCCUUAACGGAACGCGCGCUCUUUGCAUGGACGUGGUUCAACAAGCUCGGCAACCGCGAGAUGUACAUGAACUGCGCCUCUGUGACGACCCUACACAGCGGAAUAGACGAGAUUGGUUUCUUCGACCGACCGCGUAUGUUUGUCGCGAAUAUCGGGAACGGGUGUACGACGGAGGAAUCAGAGGAUGUGAGGUUUCCGGAUCCCGGGCCUGAGUUGACCAUCAAGAAUCUCGCAGCCGCGCCGCCCAUCGGCUUGUGUGACCCUUCCAAGAUAAGAGCGCCAGAGAGGAAGGAGCCGGAGGGCAAGGAGGAGAGUUGUGCUGGGCCGGUGAAUAGGACGAGGGAGAAGACGGGGGAGCAUUCUGUUACUCUUAUUCCGGGAAGUUUCAUCAUCGGGGAGGUGGAUUGA